UCUCAAAAUACAAAAGAAAUUGGUUAACUAAGAGUAACCACCCACUAAAUCACAAGCCAAAACACUCCCUAAAACAAUCAAUCUCUCUUGCUCUGAAAUCCCAUUGGUCUCCAAGAAUUCCAGCCCCAACAAGCAAAAAUGAGUACUCUCUACCCAGAUGCAAUUAACGUCCAGGAGCUCCAGAUAUGGAACAAUGCCGCUUUUGACAACGAAGAAUCCGAUGAAUCGGACCCCGUUAAAGCCUCUUGGUCUGAUAUGCACGCCGUGAACCGGUCUGAGUCUCUUGAAUCCGAUUGCGGCAAAGAAAAUCUGAUCCCUUUGGUGGUAAAAUCCCCUGUAUCCGAAAAAUCUCCGGUACCCAUUAAGCCACUUCUCCCGAGUAGGAACUUGCCAUUGAAGAUUCUUCUUGAAACUCCGGCGGUUCCAAAGAAGGGGUACAAAGCAAUAGAGGAAAACAAAAGAGUCCGUGAGGAUAAAGUUAUUGAUUCGGAGAUCGAGAGUAUUGAAAAGGAGAUUAGUCAGUUAUCAUUGAGACUCGAAGCGCUUCGAUUCGAAAAGGCCGAGCGGAAUGCGAUGAGUACAGUCGAAAGGCGGGGAAGGAUUGUUCCGGCUAAGUUUAUGGAGCCGAAACAGGGUGUGGAGAAUUCUGAUUUGAACAGAAAGAUCGAAGAACCUUUAACCUCAAGCGCAAAGCCAAAGAUUAACCGUAGGGGUGUAAGUUUGGGUCCCGCGGAGAUAUUCGCCGGAGCCAGACCUCGACAGCCAGGCAAGCCUGAAAUCACGCCGGUCCAACCGAUUCAGAGUCGCCGGAAAUCAUGCUUUUGGAAACUUCAAGACAUUGAUGAGUUGAAAGCGGCAAAAGAAAGGGGUAAGAGUCUGAGUGUUAGCCCGAAAUCGCGGAAAACUUUGUCGAAGUUUCAAGCUCCAAAGCAGGCAGCAACCACAGUCGGGUCUAAAAGGCCUCUCAAGAAAGAAGAUCGGUUUCUCGCAUUAAUUCAGCCAAAGAAGCUGUUCAAGGAUGGAGAAAAGUCGCUGACCGCAAAGAAACCAUUGAAGUCUGGUAGGGUGGUGGCGAGCCGAUAUACCCAGAUUUCCAAUCAGACAAAUGGGAAUUCGAGACUGAGCGAUGGGAGGAAGCGGUCUUUACCGGAGGAUGAUAAUGAGCAUGGUAACAGGUGUGACCGAAGGCGCACUUCAUCGGUGGGAAAAUUACAUGGGAAUCAGGGAACGGACAGUCGGUUGAAGAAACUUUGGGAGAUUCCGAGUGAGAUACUGGUGUACAAGGGUGAGGAAGAUGAGUCUUUAGAGUCAAUUGCUGAGAUGGGUGGAGUGCUUCCGAAAAUUAGGACAGUCCGGUGUGUGAAGGACACUCCGAGAGACUCGGGACCAGCCAAAAGAGUGGCUGAAUUGAUUGGGAGAAGGUCGUAUUUUUGCAAUGCUGAGGGGGCGGAGCCUUCAGUUUGUCAGGCUUUGAAUUUUGAGGGAGAUGCACAAGAAGAAUUAAUUGGAUAACAGGAAAGCAAGUGUGAUUAGAAGAUAUCUCACCAAGAGAUGCGUUACGGUUCACGACCUCGAACACCAGAACUACUGCUCCAAAUCGAAUCUCCACCGUUCAUAUUGUAGAGCCUUGAGUCUUGAACGUGUCUGCAAAAUUUCAGCUCAAUCGAACCACAGACAUCGCUGAUAAGAGUGUUUGAUUUAAGCUGGACGAGCUCCCCUGUUUUUGGCGGUCUCUUCCUCUACCCAAUCUCUCACACGGUUUCUCUCUCUUUUCUUCAUUUCUAACUCAGAAGCAGCACUUACGUUUAAAAUCUAAUUAAGCUGGGUUUAAACCCCCUCUCCAUGUGGGCUUACUGAUCCCCCACAUGGGCCAUCCUCCAUAUAGGAGGGAACCCAACACAACUGAUAUUUCAUGUGCUUCAGAAGGUAAUGAAUGUUAUCUUUCUGUAGUAA